AUGUUCUGGCGCUUUGGCGGUUACGCGCAGCUGUCGUCGCUGGACAGCAUUCUCGACAAGCCUGACGUCACCGUCGAGGAGCUGCUGGACGAGUCGGACCUGAUCCAGGAGCUGAAGCAGCAAAACUCGAAGCUCAUCGAGUACCUGCGCGACGAAAAUGUCCUGGAGCGCCUGUUGCGCUAUGUCAUAGCCACCAAGGCUGCCGCGACCCCGGACGAAGACGCCGGCGGGGAAGGCGCAAGCGAGGCUGAGAGGCAGAAUCGACCGAGCUUCUUCGGCAAGGUCGCGGGCAGAGCGCGCUCGUCCUCGACAGCCAAAUCUGAGGAUGGCGAAGAGAGCAAGGAGGAGCGCCAGCGCAUGAAGUAUGCCUACGUCUCGUGCGAGAUCCUCUCGUCUGAGGUCUGGUCCAUAUCGGAGGCUGUCCUGGAGAACCAAGAGACGCUCCGCCAGUUCUGGGCGUAUAUCAAGCAGCCAGCGCCUCUCGACCCUGUCCAGGCCGGCUACUUCACCAAGGUCAAUGAGUCGCUGCUGGACCGCAAGAUGGAAGAGAUGCUCGACUUCUUCAGAUCGCUCGACAAUGUUGUGCCCGACAUGCUGCAGCACGUCGACUGCCCCGUCAUCAUGGACCUGUUGUUGAAGAUUAUCAGUCUCGAGAAGAACGAGGGCGGACAUGGGAUAGUUGACGUAUGUUCUUCGGGAAGGUAUGACAAGCAGAAGCUGACCAUUGUGCAGUGGUUACAGCAGCAGAACCUCAUCCCGCACCUGAUAUCUUUCCUCGCUCCAGAUCAGUCGACUUCGACACAGACUUCAGCCGGCGAUUUCCUCAAAGCCAUCAUAACUAUUUCCGCGAACGCUACCACCCAAGACCAGUCUGUCAUAGGGCCUAAUGAGUUGACGCGCCAGUUGGUGUCUGAGGCCUGCUUGAAGCAGCUGAUUGAGCACAUGUUGCGUGGCGGGAACCCGCUGACAGUCGGUGUCGGCAUCAUUAUUGAGGUCAUAAGAAAGAACAACUCCGACUACGACCUCGAAAAUCAGAUUGGGCCAGUGCCAAAAAACUCAGAUCCCAUCUACCUAGGCACUUUGCUCCGCCAGUUUGCUAUCCACAUUCCGCAAUUCAUGGAGCUGGUUCACAGCCCAAGUCAAAUCGUUACACAAAGAGAUGGCAGUACCGCAACAAGGAAGCGAGAGCUCAAGACAGCUUUUGGCGCAAAGAUAGAGCCUCUCGGAUUCGACCGCUUCAAGACAUGCGAGCUGAUGGCCGAGCUAUUGCAUUGCAGUAACAUGGCGCUCCUCAACGAGCGGGGUAGCGAGGCUGAGGUCAGACGACGCGAUGCUGAGCGCGAGCGUCUCAAGGCUGAAGGAAAACUUUCCACUACGACAGCAACCAACCUCGGCGACUUUUCGACCAGCGUGGACAGUCAUGGCUUCCAUCACGCGCGGGCACCAUCUAUGGACUCGCCCGCAGAGAUCAAGCCCCUUCAGGUCCAGAACACAUCAGAAGACGACUUCGAGAAGGUCAUCGCUCCGGAAGUAGCUCCGCUUUCAGUGAAGAAAGGCGACACCGAGAAGGAGCAGAUCGGUGAACCGCUAGAGCGCUCGCCAAAGGUAGAGCCUAAAGACUCAGGUUCGGAAAAGACCACUGAAGGAGAGGGCGAAUUCGUCGAUGAGCCGUUGACUCCACCAAAGGAGGCAGCCGAAUCUGAGACUGCUACAACCCCUAAGCCACCGGACGACGCAGAAUCUCCCACUUCAACAGGAUUAUCUGCCAAGGUCGGCGGGCUUGAUCUCGACAACGACACAGUCAUGGGCGAGCGACAAGAGCCUUCAGAGCCGGCAGAGCCUAAACCAGCGGAACCCGAUACGAAGGCCCCUCCAUCUUUGCUCACUCAGCAACUCGCACAGAGCUCAGAACCCAAGAAAGAAGAGGCGGUUGAACAGCUGUCACCGCAUCCCGAUGACAAGCCGGCGCCACUAUUCGCGGGUAAGAGUCGCGAAAGUCAGCCCGAGGCUCCCAGUGUUGACACUAGUCGCUUCACCGCCGCCGCACCAGGAAGUGACGCUGCAGAAAUCACACCUAUUGACGAUGCAGCAUCUGGACGAUCUGUUGUGUUUGGCAGUAUUGAAGAUGCACCAGAUAACGGCUACGAGAUUGACAUCGACGGAAGCCCUGUUGUCGGUGAUUUAUUGAAGAUUACAUUUGUGAACAACAAGGUGGUCCCGACCAUACUUGUACGCGUUCUUACCUCCGUCAUGAACCGAGCUAACAGAAUGUACGAUGUUGUUCAGCAAGUGUUCAACGGCCAGAUGGACCGAGGAUACAACCGCUGUUUGGCGAUAGACCUUUUUGAGACCGGCAGAAUAACCGAAAGAAUCAUAGAGGGCCAGCAGGCAAGCGACAAAGCCCAGAAAGAGACGUUCAUGCGAUUGGGCUACAUGGGUCAUCUGACCCUCAUCGCGGAAGAGGUGUUGAAAUUUACAGAACGGCAUACAGAGGAAACGCUCUCGCGGUCAGUCAUCGACAAAGUUCACAGUGAGGACUGGGUUGAUUAUGUGGAAAACAUACUCUCGGAAACUCGAGAGCGAGAUAAUGCUAUCCUCGGAGGCGUUCGACCCGAUAUGAGCGUAGGACCCAGACAAGCAGUGCUCAACGCCGUCAACGCAGCAUCCAACUUCGGCGGAGAUGGUGGAAUCUCCAACGCCAGUCUAUCCAACAACGGCAACAUUGGCCUCGACAGCAUGGAGCUUGCUGCCCAAGAUGAUACUGGAGGUGGUGGGUACACCUUCAGCGGAGGCGGUUCCUUGCUUAGCGGCUUUACUAACUCAAGCGAUGAAGAAGACGAGGACAUGGAUGAUGUCGACACCGAGAGAGAACAACGACAGGGGCCUGUCGACGAUUCCGAACAACCCAAGGUCCCACAGCCGCUUCAAAUCCCACCGUCCCGGGCACGCCGCCAAUUUGCGCUCCGCUUGGCUCAACGGAAAGCCCAGCUCGAGUCUACCCGCGAACAAGAGGACGAUCCGGAAGACCCAGAGGAUCAGGGCAAAACGCAAGAACAAGAAGAACGUGAAGGACAUCAACGUUUUGCAAGGAUGUUUGAAGGUAUUGAGGAUAGCAGUGAUGACGAGAGUCUCAAUAGCUACGAGGGUGCUGGUGAUGAUGACGAAGGUCGAAUUGAAGUUGAAGGUAAAGAGGUCGGAAGGAGAGAGCCUGCGGAUGUUGAGAAGAAAGACGACAGCGCGGCACAGGAGGGACAGAGUAACAUUGUUGUUUGA